CCACUUGCCUCAUCCUCUCUUCACAACUCUAACCAAACCCCAAUCAUCACGUAUAAUAAUAUAAUUAGCAUACUGCAUACAUAGUUUUGUAAUAACAAGAUAAGUCGAAGGUCUCAUGCACAUUCAAAUUUAUAGUCACGUAAUCUUUAAUUUUAUUUGUUCAAUAAAAAAUCAUAAUACUAUAUAGUCCCAUUAUUUAUCCGCCUACACAGAGCAUUUCAAGUUCAUCUUCUGAAAGAAAAUGCAGUCGAGCCCAUAUUCCGGCAAGCCGGCGGAUGAAUGCGGGUCCGACGAGGCCUCCGCUUCCGACACCGACAAUUUCGUCAAGGCUCUGACGCGAAUCCGAGGGAAGGGAGUUAGGCCCGACCUCAUCGGCUCAAUCAUCACACAUUACGCUUACAAGCGCCUCCCCGACUUAGCCGGCGACGACGUUCAAAGGCAAAGCGCCGACGGCGAGGCAUCAUGGCGGAUGAAGAGGUGCUUCAUCGAGACUCUGGUCGGAAUCCUGCCGCCAGAGAAAGAUUCCGUCCCCUGCAGCUUCCUGUUGAGAGCGGCGCGCGUGGCCGGCGUUGUGGGAGCGGAGGCCGGGUGCCGCGAGGAGAUCGAGAGGCGCGUUUCCCGGCAGCUGGAUGAGGCGCCGUUGAAGGAGCUGAUGAUGGUAGAUUCGGAGGUGGUGGUGCGGCUGGUGAGGAGGUUCAUGAACGAGGAGGAAGUUUGUAGAAGCGGCGCGGCGCUUAAGAAAGUGGCUAGACUCGUUGACGGCUACCUUGCUGAAGCAGCUGUUGAUCCUCAUCUGACGUUGCCGCAGUUUGUUGCUCUUGCUACCGCCCUCCCCUGCCAUGCACGCGCCACCGACGAUGGUGUUUAUCGUGCCAUCGAUAUAUACCUCAAAGCACAUCCAGGAUUGUCAAAGCAAGAGAGAAAAAGGCUGUGCAUGUUGAUCGAGAGCAGAAAGCUAUCAACGGAGGCAUGCCUCCAUGCGAGUCAAAACGAGAGGCUGCCGGUGCGGGCCGUGAUCCAGGUGCUGCUGUCGGAGCAGGACAAGCUGAGCAGGCACAUCGAGUGGAGCGGCUCGCUGAGCCCGUUUGUGGGGCCCGACAUGCGUUGCCUGUCGAAGCGCGAGGUGAUGAGCCAGCAGAUGGAGAUGAAGAGGCUCAAGGAAGACGUAGUGAUGCUGCAGAGGCAGUGCACCAGCAUGGAGAGGCAGAUACAAAAGCUGUUGAAGAAGAAGGGAUAUUUCAGCUGGAAGAAGCUCGGCGCCGCCGUCUUUAAAAUUGGAGAAACGCCCAAUUCGCCCAUGCACUUGCCCGGACCCGGACCCACCACCUCUAACAGGUGGACCAAAUCUAUGCAGCUUGAAACUUAAAGACAAUUCACUUGGUUAAAAAAAUUUGGACCAUUUCUCGAUUUAUGCGUGUCAUCCUUGCGCAGGGGCCAUGCUAAUCUUCUCUGUAUCGUUCCAAUUUUAUCGGAUGUCCCCGAAGGGACAAUGCUUACUGCUAUCUCGUUCGCUAUAAAGCUUAAAUGUGUUGUUUGUAUUUUCAGUGUGGGAGAAGUACUGAAGAAGAAAGAAAUGAAAGUGAAUUGGGCCGGGCCGGGUAGAAUUCUAUUGAGACUUAAGUGAUUCCUUCAUUUUCUUUUUGGACCCUUAAUUUUCUACUCAUAUGGUUGAGUAUAGGACAAUUACAAAUGGUACUUCUUUUUAUUUUUUAUA